AUCCAGCUGCGUCGCUGGCGCCAGCGGCAUGACGCGCGCCAGCCGCAUCCGCCAGUGGCGCCAGUACUGGGACGGGCUGGCCAGCGCAGAGGCCGCCCAAUCUCAGCGCGACACAGGUGCCAGACGUAAACUGUCCAAACUGCCACCAUCUGCUGUCGCACUGUUCGACCGCAGCCAACGGGAUGACCUGGGGACUCCAGACGAGUGUGCUCCUUCAGUCCACCAGCAGAGUGACAGCGACCUUCCAGCAGUGUCCAGCUGGAAGUUCCAGUCCCCGACACCUCCACCGUCCUACCAGGAGUUGGUGCUUUCCGGAGUCAUCAAGCCUCCACAACCUCCGGCACCACGCAAGAAGCACCAUCGGGCACACGUCCAGAGGGCUCCUCCUCUCGUACCUCUGCAUCCGACCCCUGCAGUCCGUAGUAGUGUCGAGGACCCUUCUUCUCACGACCAUCCCACUACUGGCAGGCCACUGCAGGAAACGGCAGCCCUCGACACACAAACACUCACCAGCUUCCCGAUUGUCGUUCCCUCUGCUGAACAACAUCCACAUGCGGAAGAUCAAAACAUGGGCGUGAUAGCUGCUGGUCAGCAGAAGUGCACAGUCUCGGCAGGUGUGACUCUUGAGCGAGAGAACAGCUGCUCCAUCUCCAGCAUCACCGUCAGUGAGGGGGCCAGAGUAAGAGUUGUGCAGUCGCCAGAUGACAUACUCAUACCUCCACAGGACACGCACGAGAAAUCCAUUGUGGAACUCAGAGAAGAGACUGUGACGCCUGAAGCCCAUAUCCUAGAAGCUAAGAAACAGAAACCCCAUAUAUCGAGUAGAUAUAUUUCAGCUAUUGGAGCCAAGGAAGAGUCCAUAACAAGCACACGUCCAAAGACUUCCAAAGUGGUACAUAUGACUAACAAAAAAAGGGCCCAGUUGGAAGAGGUCACAGAUGUACCAGUAAGGAAUGUAGGGCCAGUCAAGAACGUUGUUAUCAUACCACGGACGACCAUGGACGAUACCUCUUAUACAUCUGUGUACGGUAAUGAGAGAGCAAUGUACAGAAGUGGCAAAAUGGAGAGGGUCGAAGUGAAUGCUAACAGUUUCGGAUCAAAGGUGGACAUCUCUCAAGAUUUAAGCAAGAAACAGGAGCCCAGAAGAGAAACACCCACCAUAGUAGCUCGGGAACACCCAGUUGGAGAAGCCUCUGGCAAUUUGGCCUCUCCUGCAAUGACAGAGGCAGCAGUGACUUCUAGACCGAGUGGUGGUGACCGGCGACAGAAGGAGAAGGACAAGGUGUCCCUGGCGGAGUUCCUUGCCCUGGAGGCGCAGGACUUCGACAGCGAGGACCUGGCCAGCGUCCAGAAGCUGUCCGGGCUGUUUGACGAAAAGAAGGCCAGGCGGGACACUCCGUCAAAAACCCAGACGCCUCCGAGGUCGCCCACGAGGAAGCCAGUGGCACGACCAGCUCCUGUCACUGCCAGCAUCGGUGAUUCCAGGGACUCAGAGGUGCAGCAUUUGCCAGAGGUGAAAGUGCCAGUGGUACGGGUAGUGGUCGUGGAGGAGCAGAAGAAGCAGCAUCCUCCCUCACCGUCACCCUCCAGGAGGGCGUCCUUUUCUGGAGAACUCCGGAGCAGGCCGGUAGCGCCCGCAGUAGCAGCUCUGAGGCCGUGGUCGCCCACACCUCAGCCAUCUGCUGCUGCCUCAGGGGAUCAAGGAGCAGAAGAUGCUGAAAGCCGCAACCGGUUCGAGCGGGCGCGCAUGUUCUUCCAGUCGCUGGAGAAGUCGCAGGGCUCCAGCAGCAGGUCGGGCUCCCUGGACUCGGCUCCCCCAUUCGCGGAGGCCGAAGAUAGCCUCUCCAGCCAGAGGACCAGAGGACAUAACAGACGACGGCGGCGCAGCGGCGACGGGGGCUCCGUGACGCCUGGUGGUGGCGUCCAAUGGGAGACGGGCGGACCGCGCUGGCAGAGCCGCCUGGGGGAGAGGCCCGGAGGCAGUGAACGACUGCCGCGAAAGGUGUCCGAGAGGUUCCACGUCCGGGACCUGUUCCGCGAUGUGCUGGGUGAGGGCGGCGUGCGCGGCAUCCCGCACCAGCAGGCAGUGUUGGCAGCCCUGCGCAGUGUCGAGAGCGACGGCAGCCGACCCGUCUCCCCCUACGAGGAGCUGGCGGCCAGCGGGGGCAUCAGCAGCCCCGAUCCGGACCCAUACCCAGACGCUGACUCAGAUCCAGAUCCAGAUUCAGAGCCAAUGCCGGAGUUGGAUUGCCGGCGGGGCUGCAGCUCUCCGGAGCCGCAGGCGUACCUAUCCGAGUACCCGUACCUGCCCAAGACGCCGACCCGUCAGUUCCGACCGAGGCCAGCCCUGCUGCAGCCCACGCUGAUACCACGCAGGGAGCUGCUCAAGACAGAGUGACUCUCCACCAGCACGGGACUCCUCAACGUGGGACAGUCGUUCACUAGGGGAACUCCUCAACAUGGAACAGCCACCCAAUGGGGACCCCUCAACAUAGGACAGCCACUAGGGGAACUCCUCAACAUAGAGCUGUCCUCCACUGGGAGACCUCUCAACAUGGGACAAUUAUUCACUAGAGGAUCUCCUGCACAUGGGACAACUGCCCACUAGAGGAUCAACAAGAGACAGUUAUCCACUAGAGGACCUCCCCAACAUAGAGCAGUCCUUCAGUGGGAAACUCCUGAACAUGGGAGAACCAUCCACUAGGGGACCUUCUCAACAUAGACCAGUCCUCCACUGGGGAACCCCUCAACAUGGGACAACUAUCCACUAGGGAUCUCCUCCACAUGGGACAACUAUCCACUAGAGGAUCUCAUCAACUUGUAACAGGCCUCCACUGGGGUACCCCUCAACAUGGGACAACUAUCCACUAAAGGUUCUCCUUAACAUGGUACAACUAUCCCUUAGAGUACCUCUUAAACAUAGAGCUGCCUUCCACUGGGGAGCUCCUCAAAAUGUGACAGACAUCCACUAGGGGAUCUCCUCAACAUAGAACAAUGCUCCACUCAGAAACUCCUCAACAUGGGACAGCCACCCACUAGGAUAUCUCCUCAACAUAGAGCAGUCCUUCACUGUGGAACUCCUCAACAUGGGACAGCCAUCCACUAGAGGAUCUCUUCAACAUAGAGCAGUUCUCCACUGGGGAACCCCUCAACAUGGGUCAACUAUCCACUAAUGGUUCUCCUCAUCAUGGUACAACUAUCCCUUAGAGGACCUCUUCAACAUAGAGCUGUGUUCCACUGGGGAAGUCCUCAACAUGUGACAGCCAUCCACUAGGGGAUCUCCUCAACACAGAAAAAUCCUCCACUGAGGAACUCCUCAACAUGGGACAGCCUUCCACUAGGAGAACUCCUCAACUCUGGAUAGUGUUCCAACAGGAAUCUGCUUGAGGCAGAGAGAUUGUCCACUAGAGAGCUUUAGAAGUCUGAGUUACUAUCCACUGAGGAACUCUUCAACACUGGACUUCCUUCCUCUAGAGAAAUUCCUCAACAUAGAACAGCCCUCUCCUGUGGAUCUCCUCCAAAUGGGACGAUUAUCCACUGGGAAACUGCUUGAGGCAGUAUGAUUGACCACUGGGCAGCAGUGCAAGGUGGAGUAGCUGACCAAUGGAAAAAUGCUUGAGGUGGAGUUUCUGUUCAACAGCGAUUUUUUUUUCAAGACAAGGGAAAGCUAUCCUAGCAAACUCAGCACAUAGUUAGUCAUCACUGGGCAACUUUUCGAAAUGUCGGUACACCAAUAAUGGAGCAGACAAGCCAUAGUACAUACCAUAUUCAUAUUAUACAGAAAACAGCCAAAGACAUACUAGCUUGGAAUUAGAAAACCGAAAACCGACCAAGAUGGAGCGGCAGUUUGUUAAGAAUCUGGAAAUGAUGAAGUGAUUGCAAAAGAUAGGAUAAUUGUCCAACAGGGAACUGCUCAAGACAAAGUGACUGCCCAAAAAAGAACUGUUGAAAAUGGAGUGAUUCUCUGAGGGAUAACUCCCCAACACACAGUGACUAUUCAAAAUAGUGUAACUUUCCAUUAGUGAGUGGCUAGAGACUCAACUGUUAUUGAAUGAACUUCUCAAGGUGGAAUGAUUGUGUAUUAGUGAACUUCUCAAGGUCGGACGAUUGUCCAACAGAGAACUGUUGAAGACAGUGUGGGUGUGCAAAAUGGAACUGCUUGAUACUCAGUGACUUCCCGGAAGUGCUCAAAGUGGACUGUUAAGGCAUGUAGAACUCCUUAAGAUAGAGUGAUAGUCCGUUAGACCACCGCUCAAGACAUAGUGACUGUGAAAUUGAGAUCUGCGAGAACUGUUGACUGAAGAAAUGCUCAAGGUGGAGUGAUUUCCUGGCAGAGAACUCGCAAAUGCUCCAGAUGAACUGAUACUCCAAUAGCGAACUGCUCAAGAAAGAGAAACUUGGCAGUACAGCAGGGUUGACGAAGAAGAAUGAUCUCGUAUGGUAUAGCAUCAGCUUGUUGUUGUAUAUAAGGACAACCAGAAGCCUACAUGUAACUGUUUGAAGCUUUUUUUAAAUAAACUUGGAUACUACCAUUGUUCUCAA